AAAAAAAAAGACAGUAACGUGAAAAAUCAACUGUAAAUCAACUAUAAAUCAUCUAAUCAACUAUAGACCAACUUUAAAUCAACUUUAAAUCAACUGUAAAUCAACUGUAAAUCAACUAAAAUCAACUUUAAAUCAGCUGUAAAUCAACUAUAAAUCAGCUAUAGAUCAACUGUAAAUCAAUCAACUUUAAAGUAGCAGACAGUUAUGAAUAAGUAAAGUAAGAAUUAUGAUAAAUACAAAUUUUUGUUCAUAUUAAAAAAAAAAAAAAAAAAUUAUAUAAUAUUAUUUUUAUGCAAUAAUCCGUAUUAAGUAUAUCAGUUUACCACAGUGUUUGUCUAGUAUAAAAGAAAAGAAGAUAAAUAAAUAAUAAGAAUACCUACCUACAAAAAAAAAAAAUAAAACAAAAUGAAUUUCUUAAAAACCCCAGAUCUACUCAAAACUUUACCAGAAUUUACUGGUAAACCAACAGAAUUGGAAGAAUUCGUGAGAUCCGCGAAUUUGGUGUGGAAUGCACUGAGCACAAUAGAAAACGCACCAUUGCAAUUGUGGUUGCAAGUUCUUAGAAACAAGAUCAAAGGUAAAGCUUCAGAUAGAUUACGCCUCUACGGCAAUCCAGAUACCUGGGAUGGAAUUAAAGACAUACUUUAUAGACAUUUUCAAGAUCACAGGGAUGAAAGAACUCUCUAUAAUCAAUUAAGUUUGAUAAGACAAACUAGUAGCUUGUCUAAGUUUUACGAUGAUAUUUUAGAUAUCAUCACAACGCUUAACGCACGAGUCAGACAAAACGAAGACAAUUUAGAAAUACGUAAUAGAAUGAUACGAAGAAAUAUUAAAGAAGGUUUGGAAACCUUCGUAAAAGGCUUAAGGGAUCCUUUUAGAACAAUAGUUAUGUCCAGAGAUCCGGACACUUUAGAAGAAGCGUACGAAAUUACACUUAGUUUAGCAGAAGCUAGUAGAUCGUCUACAAUAAAUUUUAAUAAUAACCAACAACGGGUCAACAGAAAUAAUUAUAACAAUAACAAUAAUAAUAACUAUCAAAAUAGGUACAACAAUGGAAAUUCAAAUAAUUAUUACCAAAACCGAAACAAUAACAAUAAUGAUUUUUGGAAUAGAAACAACGACAAUAAUAACAUGAACAGAAACAAUAAUUACAAUAAUAACACGAAUAGAAAUAAUAAUUUUAACAAUAAUAAUUCAAAUAGAAAUAACAAUUUCAACAAUAAUUUUAAUAAUAGAAACAAUUUCGAAAAUAAUUCUUUUAGGUAUAGGAAUAAUAAUUCUGGACAACAGAGAACAGUUAACGGGGGCGAACCAAUGGAUGUUGAUCCAAACCCAUCUACUAUUCAAAGGGGUUUGAAUAGAAACCAGAAUAAUAGAAAUUUUAGACCAAAUGAGGUCUAUUGUCAGGAAAAUUUUCGGCCAGAAGCCUCGGAUUAAGUACGUUACCGUAUGUAGAAGUAAAAGUAAACGAAAAUAAGAAUUUAAAAAUGUUAGUAGAUACUGGAUCUUCAAGUUCCAUACUUAGUCCAGAAGGUAUAAAUAAGAGAAAAAUUAUAGAUAUAGAACCUAGAGUAGCAAAAUCUUUUAGUGGUAACACAACAAUUAAUCAAAAAGUUGAAAUGACUUUAUUCGAAGAAUUCGGGUUAGAUUACCCAGUAGUAACAUUUUAUUUGCAUAAAUUUCAUGAUUAUUUCGACGGGAUAAUCGGAAACGAUAUACUUAGUGAACACAAAAUAAUUGUAGAUUAUGGGAAAGGAGAACUUAAAAGAGGACAUUUUAAAUUAAAAAUGGAAUUUAAACCAAUAGUAAGGACAUAUGAAUAUGAGUUAGAACCAAGGCAGAUUAUUUGCGUUGAAAUCCCCGUAGAUAAAAAACGUGGUAACAUACAAAUAUUAGAACGAAACUUAGG